CAGGAGGAGAUUUGCAUGGCACCCUCUCUCCCCGAACCCACAGAGGUCCAGGUCUGCAGACGUCACUGGUCGAUGAUCUUUGUUUUCUCCCCACCUCUCCGAGCAGGAAUACAAGUUUAUCAUCCAGCAGGGACGAGACGCUCUCCUCUGCCGCUCCUCUUCCCCAUCUGUCGGCUUGCACUCGGCUGCUUCUCCUGUAUGGUGGAUAUCCUGCUCAACACUUCUUUCUUGGAUGAUAUGGGGGAUCAUUCCAAAAAGAAGUCGGGAAUCGCAAUGUGUGUGGGCUGUGGAAGUCAGAUACACGACCAGUACAUCCUGAGAGUCUCCCCGGACCUGGAGUGGCAUGCAGCCUGCCUCAAGUGCGCGGAGUGUAGCCAGUAUCUGGACGAGACCUGCACUUGCUUCGUCCGGGACGGAAAGACUUACUGUAAAAGAGAUUACGCAAGGUUAUUUGGCAUCAAAUGCGCAAAGUGUAACAUGGGCUUCUGCAGCAGCGACCUGGUGAUGAGAGCCCGGGACAACGUGUAUCACAUGGAAUGUUUUCGGUGCUCGGUGUGCAGCCGGCACCUCCUGCCGGGGGACGAGUUCUCCCUGCAGGACGACGAGCUGCUGUGCCGGGCGGACCACGGCUUGCUGGUGGAGAGGGCCUCUGCAGGGAGCCCGCUGAGCCCCGGGAACAUCCACAGCAGACCUCUGCACAUCUCAGACCCAGUUUCGGUCCGGCACCCACCUCAUCAUCGCAACCACGUUCACAAACAGUCCGAGAAGACCACCAGAGUCCGGACGGUGCUGAACGAGAAGCAGCUCCACACCCUGCGGACCUGCUACAACGCCAACCCCAGGCCGGACGCCCUGAUGAAGGAGCAGCUGGUGGAGAUGACCGGCCUGAGCCCCAGAGUGAUCCGCGUCUGGUUCCAGAACAAGCGCUGCAAGGACAAGAAGAGGUCCAUCCUGAUGAAGCAGCUCCAGCAGCAGCAACCCAGCGACAAAACUAAUCUGCAGGGCCUCACAGGAACACCUCUGGUGGCAGGCAGUCCCAUCCGGCACGACAACACCGUGCAGGGGAAUCCUGUGGAGGUGCAAACCUACCAGCCUCCGUGGAAAACCCUCAGCGACUUCGCCCUGCAGACCGACCUGGACCAGCCUGCCUUCCAGCAACUGGUGUCUUUCUCCGAGUCGGGCUCUCUGGGAAACUCCUCAGGUAGUGAUGUGACCUCUCUGUCCUCGCAGUUACCGGACACACCGAACAGUAUGGUGCCGAGUCCCGUGGACACGUGAGGAGGCCCCCGGGGUCAGCUGGAGGCCCCCGGAGCUCUCAGCCACACAGGAAUGCGCAAAAACGCAGCGACGUCCAAUCAAGAAAAAAAACCCAACAGGGACCAUGCAGGGUGGAUUAUGCUGGAGGAUACACUCGGGUUGGAGGAUAUGAUUGGAGGUCUGACUGUACAUCCGGGCGUUUUAUCUCACUGUCCUGCUCAGUGGCACUUCGGCAGGGACACGGUGGACACUUUGGGCUUCCAGCUCUGGGAAAAAACGCGCCUUUUUUCUACCACGAUGCCAACACCUGAACUGGACAAAAAAAAACCAUGGGAAUAUGUGGUGGGAGCCUGUUCCGGAGGUCUGACUGCUUACAGUAUGUUUGUCAGGAAAAUCCAAGCUGUGUAGAUGUGCAUGAUUUGUAAGUUUCACUCUUGUAAAUUAUUGAAACAGAUGAGAGGGAGAGAAAGAGAUGCGCGUUGUUGGCGUUUUCUCCAAGAAAAUAAGUUAUUAUUAUUUAUUAUGAGGACAGACGUAGCUGAUCUUAUCAAUAAAACAAUUGAUUAUUGCAUGCAAAAUCCAUUUGUUCCAUAAACGUGCAGAGGAAUUUUAAUUAUGGUCGGAGAAAUAAAUCAGUUUUAUGGGGAAUGGAAACGAA